AUGUCAUCCGCCCCGAAUAGCCAGGACGCGAACGCGUCGAAGGGCAAGAUGAAGUCCGAGGAAGCUGCUGAGCAGGCCAAGCCGCCGGUGUGUAUCAUCUGUAUCGGGAUGGCUGGGAGUGGGAAGACGACGUUUGUGCAAAGGUUGAACUCUUAUCUUCACUCGAUCAAAAAACCGCCGUAUAUCUUGAACCUCGACCCGGCCGUUAGUAGCCUACCGUUCCAGCCGAAUAUCGACAUCCGAGAUACGGUGAAUUACAAACAGGUCAUGAAACAGUAUAACCUCGGUCCGAACGGCGGCAUCUUGACUGCAUUGAAUCUGUUUACGACCAAGUUUGAUCAAGUGUUGAAUUAUGUCGAAAAGCGAUCGGCAUCGACCGAUUUUGUUCUUAUCGAUACACCCGGUCAAAUCGAAAUCUUUACUUGGUCGGCCUCAGGUGCUAUCAUCACCGAUGCGAUUGCCUCCUCGCUACCCACCGUGGUAGCUUAUAUCAUCGAUACCCCCAGGACGACUGCCCCGGCGACGUUUAUGAGCAACAUGCUAUACGCCUGCUCAAUAUUAUACAAGACCAGACUUCCGUUUCUCUUGGUGUUCAAUAAGACUGAUGUCCAACCACACGACUUUGCGCUGGAGUGGAUGCAAGACUUUGAAUGUUUCCAGCAAGCACUGGUCUCCCAAAACCAGUCGAAUGAGAGCGAGGGUGGGAGUGGAUAUAUGAGCAGUCUGAUGAACAGCAUGAGUCUGGUGCUCGAUGAGUUUUACAAGAACCUCCGAGCCGUUGGAUGUUCCGCUAUGACUGGUUUUGGGAUGAAGGAGUUUUUUGAGGCGGUUGAUGAGGCAAGACAAGAAUAUGAAACUGAUUAUCGACCUGAACUUGUUCGACGGCAGGAGGAAAGGGAUCGGUUGAAGGAGGAGAAGAAGAAUGAGAGCUUAGAAAAGCUGGUCAAAGAUCUCAAGCUCUCCUCUGCCUCAUCUACUGCGGCUCCCAAGUCCAAGACUCCCGCCGAUCCCACCGAGCUCCGAGCUGAUGAGGUUAGUGAAUGGGAAGAGCCUGAUGGCCGGACUCUAGAUAGACAGGAUGUGGUUGAGUGUCCCAUGCCUCAGCCCAAGAAGGUCACCCAGAUGGGUCUUGAGUGUGAUGCUGCUGGUGGCCAGUGGCCUGCUCCACGAUGA